AAAGGAAAAGAAAAGUUGCACUUUUACCGUCUUCUUCCUUCCUGCCACUAUAAUAGCUCACUUUCUUCUGUUCCCUCCUUUCCUCUUCUUCCUUCAAAAACCAAACAAAACCCUAGAAACUCAAAGUUUCUUUUUCAAACUUCCAAUGUCUCACAGUUCAAUUACCCAGAAUUCUAUUCCCCAAGAAUCCCAUUUUGCCAUUUCAAUUUCUGACCUUCAGUUUCCCUUAAUUUGACAAACCAUUUGUUCCCAAUUCUUUAAAAAAAAAAUAAAAAAUCCAAUCUUUCUUUACCAAGUUUUUCAACACCAAAUGCUCCUUAAUAUUUUUCAUUACCCAUUUCGAUUUUGAUCAUAAUGAUCAUGGAUGAUUAAUCAAUUUCAUUUUUGUUGUAAAAAUUGGAGGAAUUUAUUAGGGGUUUUCUAAUGAAAUGUGCAACAUAUUCCCUUUUUGUAGAUUAGUGUUUUCAUAUUUUUUUCUCAGAGGCAAUUUGGUUAGGUGUUGAUUGAUGGAGAAUAUUGGAGAGGCAGUGGAUGAUCAGGGCUCAGGAUGGUUUGAAGUGAAAAAGAAGCAUAGAAGUAGCACAAAGUUUUCCAUUCAGAGUUGGUCUGGGGGAUUUUCAGGAAAGAAUGGUUCUGGUUAUCAUCUAACUCAGCCCUCGUUGAGCGGAAAAAGUGGGACUUUUCGUGGAAAGCGCAAAUCCCAGAUUCCAAAGAGAGGAUUACGUGUAUCCAUACAUGGCCGUGGUGAUGUUGGUGAUUCUGCUUUACUGGCUAAUAAAGAUGGAAAUGAUGUGUCCUCCUCUAAUAAAUUGGUGGUUAAGCAAGAUAGUAUAGAUAGUGAAUCUCCCAGGUUGUCACAAUUGUUACUUGCUAAUUCUAGUCCUAGAGCCGGAGAUAGUAAAAAGCUCUUAGAUAAGCAUAAUCCUGAUGUGGUUCCUAAAAUCAAAUGGGGUGAUCUAGAGGAUGAUGUUUUGGUAAUGUGUCAUGAACAUAAUUCUCAAGGUGAUGCCAAAUUUGAAGAUGAUGGAGGUAAUGAUUUAGUGGCUAGAAAGCUUGAAAACAAUUGUCAUUCGGUUGCAGAUGCUUCUUUUUAUACUGACCUCCAAGAAAACAAACUGAUGGUAGCACCUGCAGAUGUAGAUAUUUGUCAUGAUGAAACUAUUUCAAUGACAAACAAGGAAGACAUAAUUGAAGUGAAUUGUAAACAGGUGAGUGAAAGCUCUUCAAAUGAUAUGGAAGUACCAAUCAUGAACGGAAAAAUGAUUGCUCCAAAUGAUGUUUCAAACUGCAAGGAAUUCCAUAGUGAAUCUUUUAAAACUAUAAGGAAUUACAUAGGUUCUACUUGUCACUCAGUUGAGGUUGGUACAGUAUUGAAACUUCAGGUGCCCGUGUCUGAGAUAAAUGAUAGUGAGAUUUCCGAUAUACCAGGUACAAAUAGGAAUUCAACAGUGAUCCCACAAGACAGCGAGUCAAUUCUCACUAAAAAGGAUGAACCUGAAAUUUCUAAAGAUAUAGUGGUGAUGUUGCCUGUUGUAUCUGCAGUUAAUGAAUCAAAACCUUCUGAAUUACCAGUUACAAAUGGAAAUUCUAGCACAGUGGUUAUUCCCCUGGAUAGUGAAUCACUUCCAAUUGAAGAAUGUGAUCCUGAAUUUUCCAGCAAUGCUGGAACAGUGGUAAAACUUCAGGUGCCUGUUAUACCUAAGGAGAAUGAGCCACAAAUUUCUGAAGUAAAUGUCAUGAAUGGGAAAUCUAGCCCAGCAGUAGUUCCCCAAGACAACAAGCCGCUUGCAAGUGGAAAGUGUGGAACUGAAAUUUCAGGAGAAUCUAUCUUAAUGGCUUCUGUUGAAAACUGCAGAAGUCCACCUGAUAAAACAAUAAAUAAUGAACUGUUGAAGGCCCAAAAUGUGACCCCCCUUGAAGAAGGUGACACAAGUGAAAGCAAAGAACGAUUCAGAGAACGGCUUUGGUGCUUUCUGUUUGAGAAUCUUAACAGGGCUGUAGAUGAACUUUAUCUCCUUUGCGAGCUAGAAUGUGAUGUAGAGCAAAUGAAAGAGGCUAUUCUUGUUCUUGAGGAGGCUGCAUCUGACUUUAAAGAACUGACUGCACGAGUGCAGGAGUUUGAGAAUGUGAAAAGGUCCUCUUCUCAAUCAAUUGAUGGGAUUCGAGUUCCUAUGAAGUCUGACCAUCGCAGGCCACAUGCUCUAUCAUGGGAGGUCCGGAGAAUGACUACUUCACCUCACAGAGCCGAGAUAUUAUCUUCAUCUUUGGAGGCUUUUAAGAAAAUUCAACAAGAAAGAGCUAACAUGCUUGCAGCCCAUAAUGGAAAGGCCCUAGUGGUUGAGCAUUCCAAUUGCCAACAGGUGCCUGGUGAUAAUGUGAGGAGAUCAGCAGGAAAAGGUGGUGGUGGAGACUCGACAGUAAAAUUAAGGAAGCAAAAUGGAACUCCAGAUCUCACUCAAAGUAGCUUGAGUGGUGAAAAGCGGAAUUUUGAAUUAGGCAGGUCUAGCAAAGUAAACUUUGUAGAGAACAGUGACGACUAUCCUCAUAAUUCAUCCUCAUCCGAUAUUAAUGUAUCUCAGAUCUCUUCUAGGGAGAUUUCUGCUGUGUCUGCUUCUGGAAAGAUUAAAAAAGAAUUUGAAGUAGAGAAACUCCUUCAUAAGAGAGAUAAAGCAUUGGUAGAAGGUACUGUUGAGAAAAAUCUAAAAUCGAUAGAUCCUCCUAGGAAACAGAUUCCACUUUCUGAAAAAGAUAAGGAAAAGAGGAAAGAAACUUCAUGGAAAUAUAUGGAUGCAUGGAAGGAGAAAAGGAAUUGGGAGGACAUACUGUCAUCACCUUUCCGUGUCUCAUCCCGUGUAUCACAUUCACCAGGUAUGAGCAGGAAAAGUGCUGAGCGCGCGCGCAUUUUGCAUGAUAAACUAAUGUCGCCUGAGAAGAAAAAGAAAACUGCUUUAGAUUUGAAAAAAGAAGCAGAAGAAAAACAUGCACGGGCUAUGAGAAUCAGAAGUGAGUUGGAGAAUGAAAGAGUUCAAAAGCUUCAGCGGACGUCUGAAAAAUUGAACAAAGUAAAUGAAUGGCAGGCUGUGCGCACUAUGAAGUUAAGGGAGGGAAUGUAUGCGCGCCACCAGCGUAGUGAAUCUCGACAUGAAGCUUUUCUAGCUCAAGUUGUGAGGAGAGCUGGAGAUGAAAGUAGUAAAGUUAAUGAGGUUCGUUUCAUUACUUCCUUGAAUGAAGAAAAUAAGAAACUUAUAUUGCGCCAGAAACUUCAGGAUUCUGAGCUGAGGAGAGCUGAAAAACUUCAAGUGAUAAAAACUAAACAGAAAGAGGAUAUGGCUAGAGAAGAAGCUGUUUUGGAGAGAAGAAAACUCAUUGAAGCCGAAAAGUUACAUCGGCUUGCUGAGACUCAGCGGAAAAAGGAAGAGGCUCAAGUUAGAAGAGAAGAGGAACGCAAAGCAUCAAGUGCAGCGCGUGAAGCAAGGGCCAUUGAACAGCUUCGGAGGAGGGAGGAACGAGCCAAAGCCCAGCAAGAGGAAGCUGAAUUGUUGGCACAGAAAUUAGCUGAGAGACUUAGUGAGAGUAAACAACGCCGCAAGUUUUAUCUAGAACAAAUUCGGGAAAGAGCAUCUAUGGACUUCAGGGAUCAAUCUUCUCCUUUAAUGCGCCGUUCCAUGAACAAGGAAGGUCAAGGCCGAUCAACACCAACUAACAGUGGCGAAGUGUAUCAAGAAAACAGUGUUGCAGGUAUAGGAGGCUCUACUCUUGCUACAGGAAAUGCCACCUUGCAACAUUCACUGAAGCGACGAAUUAAGAAGAUACGGCAAAGACUUAUGGCUCUAAAGUAUGAAUUCCCCGAGGCUCCAGUUAGUGCAGAAAAUGCUGGUAUUGGAUAUCGAACUGCAGUGGCAACUGCAAGAGCAAAACUAGGAAGGUGGCUUCAAGAACUUCAAAGACUUCGACAGGCAAGAAAAGAAGGGGCAACAAGCAUAGGCCUAAUAACUACUGACAUGAUCAAGUUUUUGGAGGGAAAAGACCCUGAGCUGCAGGCUUCUCGACAAGCUGGUUUGCUUGAUUUUAUUGCUUCUGCACUUCCUGCUUCUCAUACAUCAAAACCAGAAGCUUGCCAAGUUACAGUACACCUUCUAAAACUUUUGAGAGUAGUUCUAUCUGUACCUGCAAAUCGGAGUUAUUUUCUAGCACAGAAUCUUUUACCCCCUAUCAUCCCCAUGGUGUCUACAGCCCUUGAGAACUAUAUAAAGAUUGCUGCAUCUUUAAAUGUCUCUGGGAUCUCUAACUUGCCUUCAAGCAAAACAUCAGUUGAAAAUUUUGAAUCAAUCUCUGAAGUACUGGAUAAUUUCUUAUGGAUUGUUGGAACUGUUGUUGGUCAUACAAGUUCUGAAGAACGGGAACUCCAAAUGCGAGAUGGCUUGCUGGAGCUAUUGACAGCUUACCAGGUUGUUCACCGGCUGCGCGAUCUUUUUGCACUAUAUGACAGGCCUCAAGUGGAAGGCUCACCCUUUCCUUCUUCCAUUCUCUUAAGUAUACGUCUAUUGGUGGUCUUAACAUACAGACCCAAAACCACUAGUUCCAUUGACUGGGAAUCUUCUCCAAUGGAAACAAUAGUGGAAUUUGAAAAUCAAGAAUCUAAGCUGGCAGAGAUUUCAGAAUUUGGGUAUCCCUCAGCAAAUAUGACUUCUGGAGAUUGUCGACCUCCACUUUCUGUAUUAAAUGGUAGUACACUUGUAUCUCCUCCAGAUGCAUUAGAGGAUAGACCAUUACAUGAGUCGUGUACAAUAAAUAAAAUUGAUGAAUCACUAACCGCUUUAAAAGAUGGUGAAAAGAAGCCAACUUAUAGCUCAGAAGAGUUGAAUCAUGCCAGCAUUAACUUGGGAAAUGUUCUGGAUGAAUCUCAGAAAAUUCUUAUUGAGGGGAAGGAUGAAAAGCACAUGGUUAAUGUUGUUGCAGAGAAAAAAAAUGAUAACAUUUUGAGUACGAAACAACCGGUAGCUUUUUUUCUUUCAGCCAUAGCUGAAACGGGACUGGUCAGUCUUCCCUCUCUGUUGACAGCUGUACUAUUGCAGGCAAACAAUAGGUUGUCCUCUGAGCAGGGAUCUUACGUCCUUCCAUCUAAUUUUGAGGAGGUGGCAACUGGGGUGCUGAGGGUUUUGAACAAUUUAGCCCUUCUGGAUAUUACAUUUAUGCAGAGAAUGCUCGCCAGGCCAGACUUGAAAAUGGAAUUUUUCCAUUUGAUGAGUUUUCUUCUUUCUCAUUGCACCAGCAAAUGGAAAGUAGCUAAUGACCAGGUUGGGUUACUUCUGCUCGAGUCUCUUUUGCUUCUUGGUUAUUUUGCUUUGUUCCACCAUGAAAAUCAAGCUGUCCUUCGGUGGGGAAAAAGCCCUACUAUACUUCAUAAGGUGUGUGAUCUACCAUUUGUGUUCUUUAGUGAUCCUGAACUGAUGCCAAUUUUGGGUGGCACACUAGUUGCGGCUUGUUACGGGUGUGAGCAGAACAAGUAUGUGGUUCUGCAAGAAAUAAGUAUGGAUAUGCUGCUUUCCAUGCUAACAUCUUGCAGAAAUGUUCCACUGGCACUUCGAACCAAUCUAAUGUUGGAGAAUUUUCCAAUUGAGGAUUCUGGUGAAAGUAAUCAGCAGAGUUCUGAACCUAAAAAAGUUCACGGAGACAUUCCCUUAAGAUCCAACCGUUACAAUGCCAAAAACACAAGGGUUUCUUCAGGAAAAGGUGUUUUAGGAAACAACAUUAGAGGUGGUAAGACGAGAAGCCAAAAAGAUUACAAAACAACAAAAUCUAGCGAAGAUUCUCUGAAGCAUAAUUCAUUGGCUCCUGAAGCUUCUGUAAUGCUGCAUUGUAGGUUUCCUAGUGGCUUUGUUGACAGAGCAGAGCAAUUCUUUUCAGCAGGGACCACCAAAGGAGGUGAAGCGUGAUUUAAACAUGGUGGAACUCUCCUUCAUGUAACAAAUGAUUCGGGGUACAUGCUAAGUUUUUGUAGGCAAAUAAUCUACCUUAUUCAUCGGCAGUUUUUGUUUGGAUUGCUGCAGAGGGGUUAGCAGAUGCAACUGGCAUACACGAGACAGUUACUGACUCACUGAUGAAAUUACUUCAGGCACCCCAGUUGUGGUAAAAGAAACAAUAAUUUUUGAUACUAACAGAAGGCAAGCAUAAUCGAGGGGACUAGAAUCUGGGUAGGAUUUCUUGGAAAGCCCUCAUCACUUUGUAAAGUUACACGAUAGCUUCUGGGUUUUGUAGGAUGCAUCUUAUUAAAGAUGAAAUUGGAGGCUAGUUGAUGUAUGCAACAGAAUUGUAUUAUAUCACAGGCUUCCUUUUUUAAAGGGACCUAGUGUUCAAAGAGCGCCAGGUUUCAUUC